UGCUUGACUUAAAGAAUAGAAACAUAAUCAAUACGGAGGGGAGAGGACCUCUUAAAAUCCAAGAUGGUGGAGAUAAGAUGGCACCGUUUCGUUUGUUUACUCUUGUUAGCUCUUCUAUUUGACAGAUCAUGUCAACAGUGUGUUGGUCCAGAAGGGCCAAAUGGCCCUCCUGGAUCCGAGGGCAGCCAGGGAACAGGGACAGGUGAUAGCUGGUACGAUGUCAUGGGAUCCAACAGAAACUGGAGACAGUGCACAUUCAAUUGGGCAGACGGUCGAGACAGUGGUACUGUUUAUACGUGUUCAUUCACGAAGCAGUCAGCAGCGUCAUCCCUGUAUGCUGCCUUCAGUGGUACGACACGACUUCAUAAUUGUCAUGGUUGCUGUUGUAGAUGGUACUUGACGUUCAACGGCGCUGAAUGUAAUGCACCCCAGGUCAUUGACGGAACCGUCUACAUGGCACAUUACACCGGUGCUGAUCUUCACCGACACCGCACGAUAUCAGGAAUAUGCACCAAUAUCGCUGCCGGUAGUGUCACAGUUGCACUGGUAGUGGGAGCAUGCAGCGGGUAUGGAUACUUCGACUGCUAUACAGGCUGGAAUGCAAUUUCUCGGAUCAUCAUCGAAGAAUUACCCGCAUCUCCAUAUAGCUGAACAGUAGUUGUGAUGUCCUUUAAUUUGACAUUCUUCUUUUCUGUCUAAGGAUUGUAAUUUUAGGUAUUCUAAAGGACACACGUCCUUCUUCUAACCGUUAUAAUUCAUAUGCAUUCACGAAU